GGUCUGACGGAUUGAGACGGGUGGGGUGGCGGGGGAGAGGAGAAGGUGCCUCGUGCGAGUUUAAUCUGAAGCGGAGGGUGCAGAAUUCUUCGAGUGUGAGCGGUGAAACAUCAAAGAAAGCGCCUCUGUACCUGAUCAGCCGACAACCUGCGGGAGAGGGGAGAAUACAAGGGGGGAACCGAGCAGCGACCUUUGCUCAAACUGCUCCUCAUUUGUACAACAGAUUAUCAUUCCUUUGGAUUUCUCUCUGUGCUGGAAUACCUAAAAUGAAUUCGUUUAUUUGCUCAUCCAUUUUUAAUCGCCUCCUCGUUUUAAUGGUUUCCCAAAUUGUUCCCGAAGGCUGGAUUUCUCCUCGGUUGUCAAACUGAAAUUGCAGAUUUUAUUUCGCUGCUCUUAAAGUGACCGUGCACUCGCCGGAGGUAACCCGUGGAUUUAACGCCGUGGGUGGACGCUCGCUUCAUUCCUGCGAUAGAUAGAAGCGAUUUCACCCAGGAUGGGACGAGCCGGGCAGACGGUGCCGGGGAAGACCGUGUAGACUCACCACCCCGCGGCCCAUCGUCCCCAAUACAACCCGGAGCUUCGCAUCGUUCGGCGCUGGGGAGACUGAGGGCUGUACGGGGGACCCUGGGGAGACUAUGGUUCGGAGAUGAUGAGGUGGAAUGCCCAGAGCGCAGCGCAGGAGAUUGGUGAGGAGACAGAAGACGGUGCAAUCUAUACCAUAACGCUGAGGAGGGUGCAGGUGCACCACACAGCGAGCAAAGGACAACGAUGGCUUGGGGUGGAGAAUGAGUCUGCCAUGAAUCUGUACGAAACGUGCAAAAUUCGGACCAUCAAGGCCGGGACCCUGGAGAAACUCGUGGAAUACCUGGUGUCGGCCUUUAAAGGCAAUGACUCCACCUACGUCACCAUCUUCCUCUGCACUUACAGGGCCUUCGCAUCAACCAAACAAGUGUUGGACCUACUGCUCAACAGAUAUGGAAAUUUGCAUCAAAUGAAUGGAGAUGUUUCUAAACUUACACCUGAUGACAGGAUGGAAUUGAAAAAUACCAUUUCAAACAUUCUUGGAGCCUGGCUCGAUCAGUAUUCUGAAGAUUUCAGGAAGCCACCGGAUUAUUCCUGCUUGAAGCAUCUCUACACUUACAUCCAUCAGAUGUUUCCAGGUUCGGAUCUGCAACGCCGUGCUCAUGUCCUUCUUGGCUCAUUCCAAAGGCACAAAGAGCUGGACCUUGUUCAAGCGGCAGAUCACCGUAGCUGUACCUUCACGAUGGUUGAGGAGAACGGUUUUGAAGAGCCAAAGCCUGACUUCCUCUCCUUUGUUGCCAAUGUGGUGGCCGAACAGUUCACCUUAAUGGACGCGGAGUUGUUCAAGAAAGUAGUUCCAUAUCACUGCCUGGGAAGCAUCUGGUCCCAGAGGGAUAAGAAGGGGAAGGAACAUGUGGCACCAACAAUACGUGCCACCGUCACACAGUUUAACCGGGUCACCAACUGUGUCAUUGCAACCUGUUUGAGUGACAAGACGUUGAAGCCUCAACACAGAGCCAAGAUCAUAGAGCGAUGGAUUGAUGUGGCCAGGGAGUGCAGAAUCUUCAAAAAUUUCUCCUCGCUACGAGCCAUCCUCUCUGCUCUACAAUGCAACUCUGUCCACAGACUCAAGAAAAGCUGGGAUGAGGUAUCAAGAGAGAACAUUCGGAUAUUCCAAGAACUGUCCGAAAUCUUCUCUGAUGACAAUAACCAUUCCCUGAGCCGUGAACUGCUCAUCAAGGAAGGGACCUCAAAGUUUGCUACACUUGACCUCAAUCCAAAACGGGCUCAGAAAAGGCAGCAGCAACAAAAGGAGUUGGGUGUCAUGCAGGGUACAAUCCCUUACUUGGGAACCUUUCUCACUGACCUGGUUAUGUUGGACACUGCGGUGAAAGAUCAUUUAGACGGCGGUCUGAUCAACUUUGAAAAGAGGAGAAAGGAGUUCGAAGUGAUUGCCCAGAUCAAGCUGCUGCAGUCUGCCUGCAAUAACUACUCAUUUACACCGGACCAUCGGUUUGUGGAGUGGUUUCGCAGCGUGGGGAGGCUGACGGAGGCGGAAAGUUACAACCUGUCCUGUGAAAUUGAGCCUCUGGCAGAAUCUGCGAGCAACACUCUGAAGGCAAAGAAGAACACAGGCAUCAUCAAGCGGUGGAGCGACAGGAGUACGCCAGGCGCAGAUGCUCCAUGUACAGGCGCCCAGUCCCGAUCCUGCGAGCAGCUCAAGUACGGGCCCUACCUGGGCGGUGGCGAUGCAGGAGACUCAGUCAGUGUCACAUCUGCCGGCUCCAGCAACUCUGACGUGGAAGAAAUCAACAUCAGCUUCAUCUCCGAGUCACCAGAUUCCCAGGAGAAGAAGUUCUGGGAAUCAACAUCGCUGUCCUCAUUGGACACGUCCGGAAUCGGCUCUGGGUCAAGCAGCGCCUCCUCAUCCUCCGUCUCCUCCACACCUAUAACGUCCACCAGGACGCACAAGCGCUCGGUCUCUGGAAUAUCCAGCUACUCCACACUAUCUCUGCCACUUUAUAACCAGCAGGUGGACGACUGCUGUAUCAUUCGGGUCAGUCUGGACGUCGACAAUGGGAACAUGUACAAGAGCAUUUUGGUGACAAGCCAAGAUAAGACGCCUGUUGUCAUUCGAAAGGCCAUGGCCAAACACAAUUUGGAUGGGGACAGGCCUGAGGAUUACCAACUGGUGCAAAUCAUCGCUGAAGACAAAGAGCUGAAAAUCCCUGACAAUGCCAAUGUGUUCUACGCCAUGAACUCAUCUGUCAACUACGACUUUAUGCUGAAGAAAAGGGGACACUCAAAACCAGGGAAACCAAAACACGUUUCAAGCUCAACUCUGCCCAGAAUGAAACAGAAAGGACUGAAGAUCACAAAAAGCAUCUUCUAGCUCCUCCGAGCUGAACCUGUUGCCUGUGUUCACUGGAUUCACCCCAAUGUUAUAUAUAUAUAUAUAUAUAUAUAUAUCAAUAUGUGAAAAAUCAGUGUUACCGAUAAAUGUGCAAUAUUUUCUGCGACUAAGACUACUGAAAGUAUCAUACAACCAGUAUCCAUUCAGUUUUACCUGAGACUGAAAGACAUGAAACUGGAAUGGAUUACAGAGUUGAGAAGGAACGGUGAAGGGCAGCCAUUGGAUCCAUCCUUUUCCCUCAGGAGUGGGGGAGGGUUAAAUGCCCUUCCUCGUUAUGGUACAAGGAAGACCAUGCAUUCAGUGAAGUCUCCUGGAAUCCUUCCAGAGUAAUGAUGGGAACGUAAGAAGAUGGAACUGCAUUUCCAUCAUCUAGCUGAUCAAAGGGUAAGCUACUGCGACACGAAGACUGAACCAUUGCCUUUCAGCCCUUGCACAGCAACUGGCUUUGCCUGGAAUGUCAGGCUAUUAAAAUGCAAAGAGAACACUAAUCUAUCAUCAAAUGUAGAAGUUGUUGGUUUUCAGUUACAGAACACAUAUCCCUGUGGCUGGCCGAUUCUCUAAAGUCACGGUGAAACACAAGGUCCAUCCUGAACUGAUCCUGAACAAAGCUUUGAUUUUGCUUGUGUCUGAGUAUGAGUGACUCUGAAUCCUGCAGGGAGAGCUCCCCACUUUAGAGGUUGUUCUCAACGUAGUGUAACCAAUGACAUAUUGUGGGGAAUUCCAAUCCCAGUAUCUCUCUCCUGGAUGUCACUAAUCAGAUCAAGGACAAAUGACGUAUGACGUAUGACACGAUGCAGAGAUGUGCAGCCAACGGUGGGUGCUUUUGUCUUACUGAAUAGUUAAGCUGGAAAUGACAGGAUUGUACAGUUAUAAUCUGAGCCAUUCUUGGCUAAUGAGAAACAUUUGUUUUUUAUUUGCAAAUAAUAGGACUCAUUUUCAAAUGAACAGCGUUAAUUUUUUUUUUAAAGUUUGUUUUGUACAAAAAAGCACUUGAAUCUUGUUUGGUCCAAUAUUUAUUCAUUGUACAGCCAUUAUAUUGAUGAGUGGAAUUGUAAAUUUCUUACUGUUGAAUAUGAUCUAAUAUAUUGACUUGUUACUUGUAUGCAGUUGCCAUUUGCUCAAUGGUCUUUUGUCUGGUGAGAUGUGUUGUCUUUGGUACAUUUUUGUAUAUUGUAAAAAGAAGGACGAUCACAAAUACAGCUUCAAACAAGA